AUGGGUCUCCUUGCCGAAUCUAAGAGCCGAAAAAUUUCCUCCAAGGACCCCAACAAUACCAAAUGGGUCCGCGACACGAAUACGUUUGGGCAGAAGAUGCUGCGAGCCCAAGGCUGGGAACCGGGUCAGUUUCUUGGGAUCCGGGAUGCGACAUAUUCUGAGCUGCACACGGCCGCCAAUGCGUCAUACAUUCGUGUGUCGAUGAAAGACGAUGUCAAGGGUCUCGGCUGGAACAAGUCCAAGGAGGACGAAGUGACGGGCUUGGACGUCUUUUCCGACUUGCUCAGCAGACUGAAUGGAAAGAGUACGGCGGUUGUGGAAGCAGAGAAAGAGGUGCGGUUGGCUAUGAAGACGAACCGAUACGUGGAGCAAAAAUACGGUGCUAUGCGCUUCGUGAGAGGAGGCCUGUUGGUUGGCGACAAAACGAAAGAAUGCCUGGAUUGCGAGGAAGAUGCAGAUACGACCAAGCAGGAGACCGAUGAUGAGGUGACGUCGAAGAAGUGGAAGGAGAAGCAGUCAAAGAAACGAAAGGCUGCCGACAUGGACAACGACUCGGACGAAGAUUCCAACAACGAAAAGAAACGGCGCAAGGAGGAGCGAAGGCUCAGAAAGACUUUGGCGAAGAAAACCUCCGACUGUGCGGAAGAAUCAUCACGAUCAAGCGACAACAAGGAGAAGAAGAAGACGAAGAAGAAGAAAACGAAAACGAAGAAGAGGAAGGACAAGGAGGCGGAGACGGAUGAAGAGAUGGCCGGAUCCGACUCCGAAGAUGGCGCUGAAGAGAAGUGCCACAAGUCGAAGCCGAACGAGAAGAAAUCGCCGGCCCUCAGCGACUGUGAGGUGGAUGAGUCGCGGAAAGGAAAGAAAGAAAAGAGGUUGAAAAAGAAGGACAAAAGGAAGGGCAAGAAGGAGCAAAGCUCGGGCUCGGAGCAAGACGCCUCCAACUCAGGUACGACAACAGGGAUAUCGACACCGACGGAGCCGUCGACCGGCACUGGCACCCCCCGAGGCAGUCGCAACUUUGUGCGGUCAAGGUUUAUUGCGGCAAAACGGCAGGCCAUGUUGGACACCAAGGCCUUGAACCAGAUCUUCAUGGUCAAGACGUAG